UUUCAUUCUUCUCGAUUUUUUGUCUUUAUUAUAUUAUCUUUAACAAUAUAGUUGAGAGAUUUGUAAUGGCAGCUCUAUUCCGUGCUUGGACAUCUCUAGCCUCCGAGCGUCCGCUUUUAACGCUAACAGUAACCAACGGUGCCCUCGGGGGUAUCGGCGACCUCUUAGCGCAACACAUUGAAUCCCGCAACGCCCACCACCGUUUCCACUGGGACCACCGGCGCACGCUCCGCUUCAUAGCCUGGGGCUCCCUCUGCGCACCCCUCUUUCACAAAUGGUACCUCUUCCUCAACCGCAAAAUCCCACUCCCCCUUCAACUUGCAGGCAAAACAUCCUUUGCCAUGGCCGUCGGUAAGCGCGUAUCAAUGGAUCAAUUGAUUUACGCGCCCUUGGGUAUUGCCGGAUUCUUCGUGGCUAUGAAUUUCAUGGAAGGGAAAGGAUGGGAAUCGGCAAAAAGAAGAUUGAGAGAGUAUUAUUGGCCACAUUGAUGGCUAAUUAUGCCGUGUGGCCGGUUGUGCAGGUAGUUAAUUUCGGGUUCGUACCUGUACUGUAUCGGGUGCCGUUUAGUAGUGUGGUGGGGAUUUUUUGGAAUGCUUUUAUUUCUUGGGCUAAUAAUCAGGCUGCGAGUAAGGUUGAGUUGCCUGUGGAAAUGCCGCAUUUGGCUGUAGAACCUGUUGAGGAAAAAGCAUAGAUAUUCAUUUGUUUUAGUUUUUCAGUAUUAUUUUAGUUUUGGUUAAUUCUUUGGGUAUAUUUUGAUUGUAAAUCAAUUAGUAAUUAAUCAC